UCUAUUAUGUUUCAAUCUCUCUUUUCUAUUUCUGAUUAUACCAAACAGUGGAAUUGUAGCAUAUCUUUCCUUAUUCUCUCCAAACAAACACACCCCAACACAAAAAGUAACAAACACCACAACACUAACAAGAACCAGAACAUUACAAACACGAACAAACCCAUCAUCCACACUACAACAAACACUGUUACACUAUAAUCCAUGGCCACUUCAUUUCUCAUCUCUAACCCAAUUCCUCAUACUCACACCUUCACAUUCCCUUCCUCGAAGGCCCCACCUUACCUCAUCUCUCCGCCUCUUCUCCACGCCACUUACCGGAAACCAAGACCCGCCACGGUGGUCACACGCGCCGGCGCAAACGCCAGUAGCUACGCUUUCGCGAUUGCGAUGCCUCUUUCUCUCCUCGGUAUUACGGUGUUCACUGCGCUCCGAAUUGGUGAGAAGCUCGACCAAGAUUACUACGAAGAGAUGGCAAUGAAUGAAGCUAUCAUGGAAGUUGACGAAGAGGAAGAAGAGGACCACGAUGAUGAUGCCGAAACUUAUUUACAAGAAGAACCCGUCCUUCCAAGUGGCCGUAACAGACCAAAAAGAGAAGCUUAAAUGUGAGGUGAUCUUCUGUAGACUUACAUUAUAAGGAGCUCAGUCCAUGUUGCAUUGGUUAUCUUGCAAUCAUUUUCGCAGCUUAAGCAACAAUCAUGUAAUACGAAUCUAAUAUGUAAGUUUAUAAAGGGUUUAUAAUGUAAGCAUAGUUUAUUUCUCCAA